AUGCUCCAGGCAGUACGGAACCUCUUCACCUGCAGCGUCCUUGCCACGGAUGAGACAAGCCCCAAGGAGGAACGUGAGGUGCCGCAGUGGACGAAGGGCAACUUCCAGUACAACUGGAUCGGCAUCUACAUCAUCAGUGUGCCACUGCUGCUCGUCCUGCUUGGGUUGUGCCUGCGCGUCCCUUUAUCCUUCUCGCUCCUGCAAUGGCUUGCAUUUUUCGGUGUUGUCACCGGCAUGGUGGGGGUGACGACCGGCUAUCAUCGUCUCUUCUCACACAACGCUUUCACCGGCGGGCAGGCGAUGCAGUGGGUGUGCGCCUUCAUCGGCGCCGGCGCGUUCCAGGGCUCCAUCAAGUGGUGGGCUCGAAACCACCGCGUCCACCACAAGUACACGGACACCUCCAAGGACCCGUACGACGCGCGCCGCGGCUUCAUCUUCACGCACUUUGGCUGGUUCGUCAUGCGCAUGGACUACGAUCUGCUCGGCGACGCAGACGUGUCGGACCUGAAGGACAGCCUCGUCGUGGAGUUUCAGCGCAAGUAUUUUGCCGUCAUUGCGACCAUGACAGGGAUCCUGAUCCCCCUCAUGGUGGCCGGCGCAACCACUGGUGAGUGGGCGGGUGCGUUCUUCUGGGUGGUGUGGCUCAAGAUCUUUCUGGUGCACCAGUUCUCCUUCUUCAUUAACAGCCUCGCGCACACAGACCUCUUUGGCGCCACACGGCCGUACGCGGAUGACAAGACACCGCACGACUCCAUCGUCUUCGCGAUCAUAAACCUCGGCGAGGGCUACCACAACUACCACCACCAGUUCCCGAACGACUACCGCAACGGUCAUCUGUGGCACCACAUUGAUAUGACGAAGUGGUACAUAUUUAUUUGCAGCUUUCUGGGCUUCUGCGACAACUUGCAGCGUGCGCCGCGGACUAUCAUCAACCGCACCGCCGCGGCGCAGGGUGUAUGCACGCAGCGGCGCAAACUUCAGGAGGCGGUCGAGAAGUUGAAGCAGCUGGAGGUGCCGGCGGACAUGGAGUACACGUGGGACGACGUGCGGGCGGAGGUGAAGCAGGGCCGCAAGCUGCUGGUGAUGGACGGCUACGUGCUGGACCUCGAGCGGCCAAUCCCCGUGGACCCUGCGUGGCCGCAGUCGGAGAAGAUCAGCUGGUUGAACACGCACCCUGGUGGACGUGCGUUGCUGCUUGCAUACGUGGGCAAGGAUGCGACGGCCGCCUUCAACGGCGGUGUGUAUGGCCACACGACGGGCGCGCACAACUACCUGCCGGAGCUGCGCGUGGGUCGCCUGAAGGGCCUCCCCGCCUCUUCGGCGUCUGGCGAGGAGGGGAGUGCCGCUGAUUGUAAGGGGCAGUGA